AAAACCAAACGAAAAACUCUCUUUCAGCAUUUGGAAUUUGGAUCUCUCUAACACGGACGGACACGACGCUGAACUCGAUAGACUAGUUGGCUAAGCGGGCCAACUUCUUUUUGCUUUUGGAGCGAGUCGUAGAACUCCCAAAACUCAUUCUUACACAUAACCCCUGCACUUCCACCAAGGAUGUUCAAAAAGUUUUCAUCUGAAGAUGUUUCCUCACAGAACCAACUCAAGGCAUCUGUCCAGCGAAAAAUUCGCCAAAGCAUUGCAGAUGAGUACCCAGGACUUGAGCCAGUGUUGGAUGAUUUGCUUCCAAAGAAAUCACCUUUAAUUGUUUGUAAAUGUCAAAAUCAUCUGAAUUUGGUUCUAGUGAAUAAUGUUCCAUUGUUUUUCAAUAUUCGUGAUGGACCUUACAUGCCUACCCUACGACUUCUCCAUCAAUAUCCAAAUAUAAUGAAAAAACUACAAGUGGACAGGGGUGCAAUAAAAUUUGUCCUGUCUGGUGCAAACAUAAUGUGUCCUGGUCUUACAUCUCCUGGUGGUGCUUUGGAUGAGGAAGUGGAAGCAGAAACUCCUGUGGCCAUAAUGGCUGAGGGAAAGCGACAUGCUCUUGCUAUUGGGUUUACAAAGAUGUCAGCAAAGGACAUAAAGGCAAUUAAUAAGGGCAUUGGAGUGGACAAUAUGCAUUAUCUCAAUGACGGCCUUUGGAAGAUGGAACGUCUAGAUUGAGGACAUUCUGAGCGAGCGCAGCUGCGGUUCCAUCCAUGCAUAGGAUAAAGAAAGAACUUGAGAAGUUUUUUGUUUGAUCUUUCUGCUGCUUUUUUUCCCCCUCGAACUGUUUGUAUCCCUGCUGAAGAGUCAUGAACAUUUCUCAUAUGUUGUUUGUACAGUAGAGGAUCGACACAAUCAUAUAGAUAAACCAUUCUAUCAAUUCAAUGUUUUUCCAUUUUGUGGACAAUCUGGAAAUGAUAUUACAUGAAUUUGAUGCCA